AUGGCGGACCAAGAGGAGACUUUUACCCUUCAAAACUCUCCCGGUGGUUCGGAUUCAAGGGAAUUACAGAGCGAUAAUAAAUCAGAGAAACAAAACGGGACCUCGAGCAAAUCCCCAUCAUCACAGACAACUUACAUUCAGCAGGUCAGUAUCAGUCAGGCUGGAAUGGAGGGGAUAAAAGUCUACCUGCACGAGAGGGAACUCUGGGCAAAGUUUCACGAGGUGGGGACAGAGAUGAUCAUCACCAAAGCCGGAAGGCGAAUGUUCCCCAGCUUCAAAGUGAAGGUCACGGGAUUAAACCCCAAAACUAAAUAUAUUCUCCUGAUGGAUGUUGUUCCUGCCGACGACCAUCGAUACAAGUUCGCCGAUAAUAAAUGGUCUGUGACCGGGAAGGCAGAGCCCGCCAUGCCCGGCAGGCUAUACGUUCACCCGGACUCUCCUGCCACUGGGGCGCACUGGAUGAGGCAGCUCGUGUCCUUCCAGAAGCUGAAACUGACCAACAACCAUCUGGACCCGUUCGGACACAUCAUCCUAAAUUCGAUGCACAAGUAUCAACCGAGGAUCCACAUUGUAAAGGCAGAUGAAAAUAACGGCUUUGGCUCCAAAAACACGGCCUUCUGCACUCACGUCUUCCCCGAGACAGCCUUCAUUGCGGUUACGUCCUAUCAGAACCAUAAGAUAACCCAGCUGAAGAUUGAGAACAAUCCGUUUGCAAAAGGCUUUCGUGGGAGUGAUGACAUGGAACUGCACCGGAUGUCCAGAAUGCAAAGUACCAAGGAGUAUCCAGUCGUGCCUCGCAGUACAGUGCGCCAGAGAGUGGGCUCUAGCCACAGCCCAUUCAGUGGGGAGGUCCAGGGCAUGGCCACCCCGAGCACCCUGAGCUCCCAGUACUCCCAGUGUGAGAACGGUGUGACAAGCACCUCACAGGACAUGCUGCCUCAGUCAGGUUCUUACCCCCUGCCACAUGAGCACAGCCAGGAGUACCACUGCAUCAAGAGGAAAGUGGAAGAUGACUGUCACUCAGGUGAGCACACCUAUAAGAAGGCCUAUCUGGAGAGCUCGUCCAGCGAGGAGGACCAUUACUAUCGUCCUGUUGGCUACGCUCAGAGCCUCAGCCUGGCUGGCGGGCCCUACCGCAGCGAAUCCAGCCAGCGGCAGGCCUGUAUGUAUGCCAGCGCCUCGCAGGGUGCCGAGCCUGUUCCUAGUUUGGAGGACAUCAGCUGCAACACCUGGGCCAGCGUUUCACCCUAUGGGAGUUGCUCCGUCACCACCAUGCAGCCAAUGGAGCGGCUGCCCUACCAGCACUUCUCUGCUCACUUCACCUCAGGGUCUCUGGUGUCCAGACUUGGCGGAGUUGGGGGCCACGCCUCUCCGCAGCUGGGCGAUGGCCACCACGCUGCCAUGUACCAGAGCUCCAUGACCCACCAGACUCUGGGCCGCCAGUGCAGUCCUGGGGCUGGGAUCCAGUCACCAACAGCCGGCCUGCAGGGAAACGAGUACCUCUAUACACACGGCAUACCACGUACACUAUCGCCACACCAGUACCACACUGUACAUAGUGUCAGCAUCAUGCCAGAGUGGAACGAGAACAGCUAA